AUGGCGACGGUAGAAACCAGUACGGGUCGACUGGUGGGCACCACCGUGCCCACGCAGGACGGCGCACAGGUGCACCUAUGGCAAGGCGUGCCAUACGCCCUCAGCACCGCGGGCCAGAAUCGAUUCGCCUCGCCUGUGGCACCGAACGACACCGACAAAUGCGAAGCAGUGCUCGCCAUGCAACCGCGACCACCGUGCGCCCAGUGGGUGGACGGAAAAGUGCUGGGCAGCGAGGACUGCCUGCACCUGAACAUCUGGGCACCCGCCACAGCCAGCCAUGCGUCCCGAAAGAGACCUCUUGUGAUGGCUGCGACCGGUCAUUGGUUCCAGCGGAGCACAAAUGACGUGCCCCAGUGGGCGGACCUCGCGGCAAAAGGUGACGCUGUGGUGGUAGCGCCUAACGUGCGCUUAGGUGUUCUGGGCUUUCUGCACCCGAAAAAUGUGCAAGGUCUCACCCCAGACGUCGCCGAAGAAGACAUGAUGCUCGCGAUGCAGUGGGCGAUGGACAAUGCCGCAGUCUUCGGCGCUGACGCUUCGGCGUUGAUGCUUUUCGGCAACGGCUCAGGCGCCUACAUGCUCGUGCAGGCUGCCGGCAGGCUCAAUGUCCCCGUGUCCCGGGCGAUCAUUGAAGGCUCUGUGUACAUAUCCGGAGUGCCUGCGAACGCCGCUUCAAUGGAUCCGUCGGAGGGACUGGCUCAGAAGUUGGGCUGCGACGCCACCAACCGCACCACGUGGUUUUCUUGCUUCACGGGCGUACAGCUCGACAAGCUCCUGUCUACCGCAGCACAAAUGGAGAUGCGCUUCAGUCCAGUAUGGGACCCGCUGUAUAUUAUCGUCGGGACCUCGCUGAAGAAGCUUCCCACCAUUAAGGAGGUCAUCGCAGGCACGGACGCUGCACAGCAGUUCCACGAGAUACCCAAAAGCCCAGGCUGUCUGGCGUACCCGACAAUUGCUCGGGGCAGUGUGGUCGUCCUCCAGCUGCGCUCUCCUGGUGGCGCGACAGCCACCGGCUGGAGGACGUGCUCGUUCCGGGUGGUGACGGAAACGGCGACGCGGCGAGUCAACUUGCCGUGGGGCCCCUUGGUCGCCGAGACCUACACGCGCAGCUCGUCUGUCGAGCCUCGAACAAUAACAUCUCCGAGCCACUCAGCGCAUCGGUCGUCAUCGACCUUAUACUGGGUCCGACCAGCGUGUCCAUCGUGGGUGCAAACGCCCUCACUCGAAGCUGGUCGCCCUGGUCAGCUGCGGUGCAUCGCCUCCGGUUCGAGGCCACCUGCUCAGCUCUCAUGGUGGAAGGGGAGUCAGCGACUUCCCGCAAUCACGACCACGACCGACGCCGGCAGUGCCGUCGACGGGCCGGCGUCCAGCAGCACGCUCACAAUAACCCCUUCGGUCGAGGACGACGGCCGCCAGAUCACGUGUCGAGCGUUGAACGAGCGCCUGCCGCACGCCACUGUCGAAGACGUCACCACCAUCAGAGUCCUCUCCGCCCACAGCAGUCCGGAGGAGCGAAAGAAUCGGCCCGUGAACUCUCCCCCCCUUCAGGAGGAAGCUUCUUCCAGUGCACUGUAG